AUGGAGAAACUGAAACCAAACCUGAUCAGUGUUUUGGAAGUGUCUACAGUGGCUCCGCCGCCUGCUUCUCCUUCCUCCGCUACCCAUUUCUCUCUUCCUUUUACUUACUUCGAUGCUCUGUUUUUAAAAAUCCCUCCCACAGAACGACUCUUCUUCUACUCUUUACCAGACCCGCCAUUGUUCGACUCUAAUUCCCUCCUCACACAUCUCAAGCAUUCCCUUUCUCUUACUCUCCAACACUUCCUCCCUCUCGCCGGAAACCUCGUCUGGCCGCCGGAAUCUCCCAAACCAAUCGUUCGUUACUCCCCUGGUGAUGGCGUUUCCCUCACCGUUGUUGAGACUGAUGCCGACUUUACCCACUUUUCCGGAACUGGAAUCCGUCCUGUGGAAGAGUGCCGUCCCUUUGUCCCGGAAUUGCCGGCAGCGGAUGAUUCUGUUCCGGUUAUGGCUCUGCAAAUCACUCUGUUCCAAAACAGGGGAUUAUCCAUUGGCAUAUCCAAUCACCAUGCUUUUGUUGAUGGGAAAAGCUCGAUUAUGUUUUUGAAAUCGUGGGCUUACAUUUUCAAGCAGACACCAAACAAACCCGAAUUCUCCAUUGCUCUUCCGCCUGAUCUAACCCCAUUUUUCGAUCGGUCUAUUAUCAAAGACCCGAAAGGAAUCGACAUGCUCUACAUCAACUACUGGCUAAAAAAGACCAACCCCACUGACCCAUCAAUCAAAAGCCUGAAAUAUUUCCCAAAUUUGGGUGUUUCCCCAGAAAUGGUAAGAGGCACAUUCAAAUUCACACGUACAGACAUCGAAAAUCUCAGGAAAGCAACAACAAAAGAAGAUGAAUCAAAACCCUCGAAACCGACCCGAUACUCAUCGUUCGUUCUCGCAUUCGCGUACAUAUCGAUUUGUGCAGUAAAAUCAGCGAGAACAGAACAGAAGAAGAAGAGAGUGUACCUGGGUUUCUACGCCGAUUGGCGAGCUCGACUGGAUCCAGCAGUACCAGCGAACUACUUCGGGAACUGCGGUGGAAGCCAUGGGGUUUAUGCGGAAGUGGGAGAACUGGAGGAUGAGGAAAAGGGGCUGGGGAUUGCAUCGAAGAGGAUUGAUGAAGCGAUAAAGGGUUUGGAUGAGAAUGUGACAAAGGGGGCGGAGGAAAGUUUGUCGAAAUGGGAGAAGGUGGAAGGGGGGAUUAAGUUUGUGGGAGUGGUUGGAUCGCCGAGAUUAGGGGUUUACGAGUUGGAUUUCGGGUGGGGAAGACCGGAAAAUGUGAAGAUGGUUUCGAUUGAGAGGACUGGUUCAAUUUCACUGGCGGAUGGAAGAGAUGGAGACGGGAUUGAAGUGAAUUUGGUGCUUUCUCAACCGGAAAUGCUCUGUUUUGCUUCCAUUUUCUCCGAUGGUCUCAAGACUCUUUAG